GGUUACUCAGUAACCCUGACCUCUUCAAAAGGCCUGCUCUUCCCGGACAUUAGAACCAGUGACCUCUUUCCUGGGUUGUGCUGCCAUGAACAGCUUCCUGCUCUCUGCACUGUGGCUCCUUGGCGUCUGGGCUGCCCUGGCAGGAGGGGUCACCGUGCAGGAUGGAGAUUUCUCCUUUCCUCUGGAGUCAGUGAAGAAGCUUAAGGACCUCCGGGAGAUCCAGGAGCCCGCGGUCGAGGGCCGAAGGAAGCUUGUGGCUCUGCCGCUCUGCAGCCACCCAGGGUUUCCCGAAGAGCUCCGGCUUGUCUGCAGGGAGCCCAACGCCCCGGACAUCCUGCACCGGCUUGAGGCCAUCGCUCAGGACCCGAGCACGUGCGAGAUCUGUGCCUACGCCGCCUGUGCCGGAUGCUAGGGCAGCAUUGCUUGCUGUCUUCCCUACUCUUCAGGGAAACCCUUUCUUCUGCUGGAAAGGCGACCCGUGAUCCUCCCACUCCAGCAAUUCAGCCUACCUUGCCCCAUAGUGGAGGGAUGAGGGGAGAGCCUCCCAGAGAGGGGCUGCGGGAUGGAGGCCCCAGGCCUGAGACCGAGCUUUCCAAGAUCCGCUCCAGCUCUCAGCUAAUAAACCCGAUUCCAGAGUA